UUCGUUCCAGGAGCAACACAACCCUGGUUUCCUGUCCCAGGUUCGGCAUCGUUUCGGUCUUGUUCGGAGCCAGCGCGCAGCUCCGGAUUUGUGGCCAAUUCGAGUCAGCCGAGCACUCUGUGGCGCCUUAGACGUGACUGCGGAAGCAUUGUGGACCGGUGCAAGCUUGCCCGCGGGACACCAGUUGCUGCCGCGUGUCCUGAGACGACCUGCCUUUCCCAUCCGGCAGCAUCGUCGGAAGGGCUAUCCCACGCUUCCUCUUCGUUUCAGCUCUCACAACGAACUUACUCUCCGGAGGCAGUGAGUAGGGAGUCGCAGUUUUGUGCAGCUUCUCCCCGUGCGCAAGAGCUGCUUCAGUCUGCUGUCUCAGCUUCACCCCAUUUCGCGGAGGACCGAGCGUUUCCAUCGUCACCGGAUAGAAGAGCCGAGCUCUCUCCGCAUUGCGUUCCGUGCGCCGUAGAAGCACGACUGGGAGGCGUCGUCUUGCCUGCCACCAAAGCUCGCACAGAGGAACCGCCACUAAAUGUCUCCGUCGACACGAAUGCGUCCAACGACGUUUUUGGUGAAGGGCAUGUCCCAGGCUGUUCGCUUCCACAGUCGCAGCGAGGAAGCGAUGGCUCCAAAAACAGUCAUGGGUCUGGCCCGCAAGGGACAGGGACUCCUAUGCUGUCGCCUCUCUCCGAGCAUAGUCCAGAGGACACUGUCCCAGUCUGUACUGGAGGACACAAUGGAGGGGUUGUUCCCCUGUCUCUCACUUCGUUUGCAGAACCGGGGGCGGCCUGGGUCACCGCCGUUCGACGGCAGCAUGCAGCAGCUUCGGGGGCAGCAGCUGCGUCCGGGAAGAGUCGCAACUCAAAGACUCAGCCUGGCGGAGGGUCGGUUCCUUCCCUUUAUUUAGAGCCGCCGUAUUCGUCUUCAACUCCGCCGCCCCCCAUCCCGAACAGGACAAGCCGACACAUCGCCUCCUUUGGAACGGGGUAUCUAUCAUCUAGCCCCACAGUGGAAAGGCCCUCGAGCCCGAUAAGCUUUGGCGUGGAUCGCUCACCUCCAUGUGCAAACAUGGGAAACAGAACUUCAUCAUGUUCACCAUACCUGCGACAUCCUGGUGAAGAGCUGUCGACCGACGUCACUCGAUCGCACACAGGGAAUGAUUUCCAAGCACUCAUCGCGCCAGGCUCCCGGGACGCCUUUUCGAGUCAAGCCGCAUUUACCAGAUUCCCUGAUGAAACAGCAAGAGAGUCACUGCCGGGAACCCUAGUCAGCAGCAACACGGCCGGAACUACGCAGAUCAUCUCCGAGCUGCACGCAACGUCAGGGCACGCAAGCCCUAGAACACCGGCGCUUUCCAAGUCAGGUUGCUCAUCCUCUCGGACGUCUCCCUCUCGGUCAUCUUCAGUGGACCCUACACGGGGUUCCGCCAGCUUCCUAACAGGGGAACCCUCCACAUCCAGGGGUGCACGGAUGCGUCCUGUUUCGCCUCACAGACCCGCGACCUCGCUUCGCCUUCCGUCGCCCCUCUUCACGUGCAAGGGCCGUUCACAGUCCCCUCGAUGCCUGACACAGACACCCUCUGGCGAACACGACAAGGAAGACUGUACGCCCCAGAAAAGUGUGGACUCACUCUGGGAGUCUCAGGAUGGCACACGCCGUUCAGCGACGCAGAUACGAAGCCGCGCUCUCAGUCCGGCUUAUCAGCUUGCUGCCUCUCCACUACUUGGCUCCACGACCCCGAUCCCUUCAGGUGUGACGACUGAUGUGGCGCCUGCAAUGCUGACGGAAAGGGCGCCGGUCCAGAUCAAUGCAAACGAACAGUCCGGGCUUUUGACAACUUGGGAAGAAGCGCAAGGACAUCCCGCUCCUCGUCUCGCCACUCCGCAAUCACGACACUCGGAGACGUGCGACCGACAUGCGCUGCCUUCGCCUCGCGGGGCGCAGGGGCGACCAGCCAGUCUGCACGUGAGCCAGACAGAAGGUGAGCUAGGCAGAGCCACCGAGGCAAAGAAUAUGACCUCGUACUGCUCCAACUCUUCGGCGGCACAGACGCUUUCAGCAGGUUCGUUCGCCUCUCUCGCAGCUGCGGCGGCGGCAACGAGUGCAGACGCUGCAGUCGAGUGGGGGGGAGUAAGCUCAGCGCCUCAGGGAAGCACCUGCGUCCUGAGCAGUAUCUCGUCUCGUGAUCCAGGGCACGCGGGGGAUAUCGACGGGAGGAGUCACGGGCUGACAAGCGGAGGCAGCAGCUGCGGCUUCAUCUCCUUCGAUGGUUUGACAGUCGACCUACCAACUUCACGGGCUCCAGGUUCUGCGCCUCCGGACUUCCCAGCUUGUGAACCAGACGCUGGCGCGACUCCACAUGCCACUUGCGAAGCUAGCGAGACUCAGGGCACCGCAUACCAGACGUGUUUGUCAUCGUGUCUUGACCAAGGACUGCCGCUCGGGGCAGCUACUGCUCUCUCGUCCCGAGGUAGUGGAAGGAGUGCGCUGUCCCACGCCCUUAGUCGACGUGACGGCAUAGGCGAUUCCGCGUUUCCGCCUGAAUCUGAUGGCUUACCGAGCCAGGCGUUUUCUGUGUGUGGCGCAAGCACGCUAGGGAGCAAUGGACACCGAUCUCCAGCAGUGACUUCAAGGGGAAGCGUAUCUCCGGCAAAAUCAGUAGCUGGGACGGGGCGUGCAGCAUCCACCCCUCGCAUGUCUCCGCGGUGCCGUGCACCUCGUUGUCUCUCAACGCCGUGCUCACGUUCUGCCUCGCGGGGGACCGGGCGGGUGCGUUCGCCUCUUUCUCCCCGGCCAGAGCCCAUACCAGAUCCUUCACCUUCGUCGCAUCCUGCCCUUUCUGAUCCGGGAUAUUCUGGUCAACAAGAGACGGCUCAGGGCGUCACUAGUACCCGUCCGUCGGCUGCGGCACACAACGCCGAAGGUCGGAGUCCAACGACUUUUUCGCCCGGUGGCCGGAGCCCGAUGAGACGCGCGUCAGUUCACACGCCCGCGAGGGAGCAGUCGCUGACACCAUUGGAGGCGCCGGUAGAGUUGGGGCACGAUCUGCAAACGCAAAGUCCGAAGAAGGUGGGCGCCUCGUCUCCUUUUGUUUUUCGUCUCGAUACGCCGGCGUUGUCGAGCGUCUCCUCCUCCGCAACUGGCCGAGUCUCCGUCGCCUCGCCGGCACGUCGGUUGCCUCGCGGCGGUGACCGUUCGAGCCGCAAUCUCGGAGGCGCCUCGCCGUCUCCCUUGGUGACCACGGGCGGCUCCGCGGGGAGCAGUCCUCGUCGGCCCCGCGCCUCUUCGCCCACGUUCUUUUCCAACAGAUCCGGCGGCUCGGCGUCGCCGGCGUCGUCCUUUGCGGCGACAGCCAGGUCCGCAGCGUCCGGGUCCCCGUUCGCGAGGUUGGGUGCGUCUCGACUCGGCACCCCAAAGAUGGGCACGGGCUACGCAUCCUUGGGAGCGUCGCCGGCUGCACCCGUGGGAGCGUGGACUCCGUUUCGCGCGAAUUUGUUUUCACCCGGAAGCGCAGUCCAACCUACGCCAGUUCCGUAUUCUCCUAUCGACGCCAUUUCCCCUUUCAACGGCUCCUGCGCCGCCCAGCUUAAAUCCCCACGGAGUGCGAAUGCCGUCUUAGGAGGAAGGCGGUCGCAGUCCCCUUCUGCUUCUGCUAUUGGCCCUUCCCCAUCCAGGCCGUCUCCGUCAAAGGGAGAUUCGGUAGGUUUCCCAAUGCGGACAGGAGCACCUGGUCACCUCCCUUUGCUUGCGCCACUAUUUGGCGCUCACUCCCCUUCUCCGCCGUCGGCAGGAGGGGCGGCGUCGCGCGGGAGCCGGGAUCCAGGACGGCACUUAGGAUCGAGUCCCCAGAGGCCGUCGUCGCCAUUCGUCCAGCGAGGCUCACCCUUCUUUCCGUCGCCUUCUGCCUCACCUCACAAUGGCGACUCGCCGUUGAUCCAGCGGCACGGGGACAUGGCGCCGUCAUGCCGGACCGACCGCAUCGGGGCAGAGGAAGCAAAUCUCUCACCUUCUUCUGGGCGAGACGCUAAACAUCCCUCUCGUGGUAACAUCUCGCCGACGACUGCUGCAGAGGCUGUGGCGGCGGCUGCAGCUGCGGCUGCGACCCUUCAUUCAGCCGAGGCGGUCAACGCGGCUGACGAAGCGCACAAGACAGGAGAUCUUGCAGCGUCAUCCGCUGCGCUUCAGGUUCCUGGUACGGCGUCAGGAGUCGUUGGGAACCAGCACAAUGUAUUCCAUGACAUCUCAGCAGUCCCUUUCCGGCCUCACCACGCCUCUCACACUGGCAAGGCCUUUUCUCCUCCAUCCCCUUCGACACCAGAAAAAGGCGCCGUAGAUCUCCGUGCCUCUACGGCCUCCGUUCACACGCCCCUAGCCACGAGCCAGAGCGGCGAGGCUCCCCCUCCCGACGUCUUGCCGUCUCUCUCUCCGGUCGCCGCUGCCGCUGCCUCUGCAUUACCUCCAGAGACUUCCGCGCUUGUCCUCGGUCACGUUUUCCCCAACCAGAUCACCCCCAAUGUCAGAAGCGACAUGGCCCUCUCACGGUCCUCUCCUUUUCUCACGCCACGUGCGGCAGCAGCGGCUGCGCGCAUUCGAGCGGAAGCAGCUGCAGCCGCCGCCAUGGCUGCAGCUGAAAGGGCGGCGGCUGCAGCACGAUCUUCUGUGUCUCCGCGAGCCGUCGAUGCUUCGCGCCGAGCCGCCGACGCGGCGGCACACGCGGUCGCAGCUGCGCGAAGAUGCGCCUCGACCUCUCCGCGAAUAGCCGCUGCCUCCGAACGGGCAGCCGCCGCGAUUGCCGCUGCAGCGGCGGCGUCUGCGGCUGCUGCAGGGAGCGCCAAAGACCUCGCCGAGGCCCGAAGGCGCGCUGUGCCCGUGGCUGCGGCUGCUGCAGCCGUGGCCGCUGCCAGGCAGAGAGCAGCCUCUACAGCGGCGGCAGCGUUCCCGGCUCUGAAUGAAAGCGUGACGAGAAGGGAGUCGUUGUCGCCAGCCGCUGGAGCCAAGCACAUACACAUGCGUGCAGGCGCCGCAGCUACAAAAGCCCACGAAGCGCGAAUGUGGAAAGGCAGGCUGCCUUCAGGCCGUGCAGUUUUCAUCAAGAAGAUCCCUGCUGCGGUCUGGGAGCAGCAGUGGCGUUUGACCCAGAGAUACAAAGGAUUCUUUCUGACCGACGGAGAGAAUUUUGUUGGAGAGGCUGCCUUCUCCGCUUUUCUCACAGACUUCGGCCCGCCAUGCGCUGCGCCUCUCCUCGCGGUUCUCCAUGAGGACGGAAAUGGAUUAGAGGGUAUCCACGGCAGCCAUGGUGAAUCCGAAGUCCCAGAACCGGCUUCGAGCACGAGUCGUGUUGUUCUAGUGAACCAGGGUUUCGGGCAAGGGGACCUUCUAGAUUUCUUUGAUAACGCAGACCCAGAGGUCUUCACCCCGGCGUCUAAACGAAGUCUGCAAUAUUCCGUAACACAGAUUCUUGUCGCUCUCCAUUCAGCAGGGAUUGCGCAUCUGGACUUGACGCCCGAAAACAUUCUAGUGCACGCGUACACAGAAGCGCUCCCUUCCUCGAUCACUCCACAGGCAGGAUUCGGUUUGAGUGCACGUGGCAGCUGUGGAUCAUCCACAACUCCAUCAGCAAAAUUGUCCGGCGGGUCGGCCAGGCGCGUGCAGCUGAAGGUGUGUGACCUUGCGAAAGCUGCGCCUCUCUUCAAUCAUUCUCCUUUUCGCUUGCCCCCGUGCAUCCUCAAGGCACAUUUCGGGGAUUGCGGGCCAGAAAACUCGGUAGCCUCCUCCGCGGCGCAGCCGUUCCUCAGCUGCGAACCUACAGUCGCGAAGGGCCCCUAUAUGCCGCCCGAAUGCUGGAGAAUCGUCUAUAUUCUCAGGGCUCUGGGAAUCACGGCGCCGUUCGCUCAAAUUGGAGAACCUCUUCUUACUACCGGGCGACCGCCUCCGCCUCUGUACCUCAAAGAUCCCCCCCAACCCGGCGCGCCGUUACUAGGACCGUUGCGUGAACCGAUCGAUCUUUCUGUAGGGGUUGAUGCCGCUGAAUUGUUUUUCGACGUACGAAAGGCUGAUAUCUAUAUGCUAGGAGUCCUUAUGUUCUGGAUCUGGGCAGAAGGAGCCAUCUGGACUUGCUCCGAUCCACGGCAAGAUACCCAGUACAAUGACUUGCUACAGUGCGGACUCGAGUUCAGCAUCUUCACCGACUGCGAUGGCUGGCCACCUGAGCUUCGCCAUCUGCUCAAGGGUGCCCUGGAUCCUGACCCCACCCGUCGCGUGACGUUAGCGGAGAUUCUUCAGCAUCCCUGGUGGACGUGUAGCCUCUCUGCUACAGGGCUAGAGUCAGCGCCUAUUUCCUGA